GUCCUGAUGGACUGACUAACACAUGAGUGUGAACGGCAUAUUCAGGAAGUGGCAGCCAUAGUCAUGGACACUAAAGAAUCAAAGAAUUUAAAAUUUGACCCGGAGAAGCUGUUCACCAAGCUUGAAAGGAUUGGGAAGGGAUCAUUUGGAGAGGUCUUUAAAGGCAUUGACAAUCGCACACAACAGGUGGUUGCUAUAAAGAUUAUUGACCUGGAGGAGGCUGAAGAUGAGGUGGAAGACAUCCAACAGGAGAUCACAGUCCUCAGCCAGUGCGAAAGCCCCUUCAUCACUAAAUACUAUGGGUCUUACCUAAAGGACACAAAACUGUGGAUCAUCAUGGAAUAUUUAGGAGGGGGCUCGGCUCUGGAUUUGCUGGGUCCUGGAGCUCUUGAUGAAUUCCAUAUUGCCACCAUCCUCCGAGAGAUCCUGAAGGGUCUGGAAUAUCUGCACUCCGAAAUGAAAAUUCACAGAGAUAUUAAAGCUGCUAACGUGCUGUUGUCAGAGCAGGGUGAUGUGAAGCUAGCUGAUUUUGGUGUGGCCGGACAGCUCACAGACACACAGAUCAAGAGGAACACAUUUGUGGGCACUCCGUUCUGGAUGGCACCAGAAGUCAUUAAACAGUCAGAGUAUGACUCAAAGGCAGAUAUCUGGUCAUUGGGCAUAACUGCAAUCGAGCUAGCAAAAGGAGAGCCGCCCCACUCUGAUCUUCACCCCAUGAAGGUGUUAUUUCUUAUCCCUAAGGAAAACUCACCCACGCUGGAUGGAAGCUGCAACAAAGCUCUCAAAGACUUUGUAGAUGCCUGUCUCAAUAAAGACCCCAACUUUAGGCCAACAGCUAAAGAGCUACUGAAGCACAGAUUUAUCAUUCGAUAUGCCAAGAAGCCAUCAUUCCUGAUGGAUCUUAUCGACAAGUACAAGAUAUGGAAAGAAAAGCAGGCCUGUGAUUAUUCCAGCUCCGAUUCAGAAUCGGAUGACGGUGAAGCAUCUGGAAAUUCUGCGGAUGAUGACUGGAUCUUCGGCACUGUCAUAGGAAAUAAGCCCACAGAGAAACAGAAUGGAGUCAUAAAAAAUGAAGAGCAACAAAAAGAGGUUCAAGAUAGUGCAAAGACACCUCCAUCCAAGAGCAAAGAGUCCUCUAUUAUCACCCCACUGUUUGCAGAGCUGAAACAGAAGGAAGGGGUUAAGCCAGCGGUGUUAGAGGAGCUGAAGAAGGCCAUGCUCCUGGCAGAAGAGAUAUGUCCUGGAAUCACUGACUCGAUGGUGACAGGGGUGGUUCAGAAGUUAAAGAGGUUUUCAUCUAAACACUGACUCUCAGUGCCUCUGCAUUAAGAUUCCUUCUCUGUGGGUAUCUGUAUUAUAUAUUUUCUUCUGUUUUAUUAUUGCGGAUUGUAAAUAAGCCAUUUACGAUCUCAGGCACUUGCAGUUUGUACAGAAGUGUAAAAUGUGGACUGGAUUGGUUUGAGGAUUCCAAGGAAUCAUUUGACAACUUAAGUUUUCCUCAGUAACUGCUGGAAGAGAAAGACUGUACAUUUGAAUUUCAUCUAUUAAUUUUGUCAUUUUAUCGUUUAAAAGCCUCAGAGAUAAGAACUAAAAGCUACAAAUUAUGAUCUCAAGGGGUCCAUGUGUAUUAGCUGUUUUCUUCACAGAACUGUAAUAUGUUAAUGAAUAUUGUUUUCUUGCUAGCAUUGCUCUUAUGAGUUUAAAAAUGACCGCACUUUGUGCAGUUUUAGCCCUUAACAUUUGUACUCAUUUAAAUGGUCAUUUCUUUUGUUCAAUAUCUGUAUGAAGCUUAUUUCUACGCUGUACCAAUCCCAUUCUGUGUAAAAUCCAUUAUAUGUUUCAUUUA